AGUGAGUCUGAGUUGAUGGUAAACUACACGAUACGCCACUCUCGUUGAAUUUUAUUUUAAUUUAAAUGUUAAUUUUAUAUUUUUUUCUGUAAAUUAUUAUGAAUAUCAUGAAUAGAAAAGGAUUACUCUUAAUUUUAUUUGAUUAUUUCUCAAUGUUCAUACUCGCUUCAAAUGUGACAGUACAAGAAUAUGUUUGUACGGUACCUCCCCAGACAGCAAAUGGUUAUCUGCAAUUAUAUAAGUUGCAAUGCCAAUUGCAACAAAGCAAUUGCGACGUGCAGGAGGGUAACAAAUUACCAAUCAUGUCUCAGUUAGUUUAUAGCUGUAAUUAUGAAUACGUUUUAAACGAUACCAGUGACGUAUUUUGUGAUGAAGAAGGAAACUGGUCAAAUAUUCCAGUUUUUAAUGAAAUAGAUUGCCAACCAUUAGCUUCAGCAUCAAGAGCAGCUGAUUGUAAGUUAAACAGACAACGAGUGACUUGCGAAUCUUCUAUUUUGUCUGGAACCACUGCAGAAUUGAGUUGUCAUGACAAUCAUCAAGAAGUUGAUAAUUUUCAAUCGAAACAAGGAGUUCAAGUUAUAUGUGACAAUACAGGUCAAUGGGCACCACAACAGUGUUUACCAAUUACGAUGUUUACUAAUAUUUUUGUUGAGGUUGGCAAAAUAACAUUUCAAAUUUAUAGUGAGAGAAGUAACCCUUCUUGUCAAUUAAUCACAGUAUUGAGUGACAAAAUUAUAAUCCAUACAGAUGCUUGCAAAUGGAAUUAUUCUUAUAUGGAUGUUAGAUGAUUUAAAUUUUGUUUAUUUUUUUUUACUUUUUUACUUCUAUUUCUUUAGUUUAUCGAUAUAUUUAUAUUACCUUUGGCGAGCAAAAUACUUAGGUAAAAGAAACAAACAAAAAAUAACAGAUAUGGGCAUAUAAUACACUUUAGAAGUAAAAUGUUCAAAAAACCAAUCUUCGAGGAAAUGAGACGAAUGCAGAGUAUCAGGAGUUAGAUAACUAAUGGAUUUAUUUAUUAUAAUAUUGUUAUCAAGUUUAAAAAUUAUUUUACAUUUUAUUUUGCAUAUACUACUUGACAUUUUAUACAGACUCCAUUUUCUAAUUUUUUACUAAGGAUACGAGUGCCAUAUGGUCACCCUAAUUGUAUGAAAUAAAUUAUUUACUUUGGACUUGAACAAUAUACUUUUAAAAUACAACGUUAAUGUCUGGUUUUUCUUUUGUUGUAAAUUUAAUGCGACUGCUGCAUAUUUAUUAUUUUAGGUUUUUUUUCAGUUGCCUAAUCAAAGGUAGCACUUCAUCAAAUGCAAAAUUCUAAUUUGCAUGGAUUGAACUAGUGCUUGAAACUUACAUAUAGACAAUAAUAUAGUUUUUCUUGUGAGAAACGGCAAAUGGUACUUGCUAUCUAAUGUCCAGUCAAAAAACUAAUUGAUUCAGACUAGAGAAUAUUCAAGCAUACACAAGCACACAUUGUACAACGCUUAAUAGACAAGAGUUGGGAGACAAUGAAGCACAGCAUAAAGAGUAGGACCAAAAUAAUAAGAAAUAAAAGUACACUGUCUUCUAUCUCUUUUUCACGCAGGCUAAAUCCUAUAGAUAUAUGUAUUGUUACGACCUGGCCUGUGCAGACCAGAGUAAAAGAGUUUGAAGGCCGUUGUUAUGCUACACACAAGGCUGUUUAUAGAAUGAAGAUAAUUGAUAGAUCUUCAUAAGUUGCUUAAGGCCGGCGAUACAUGUAAAAUAAAAUAAAAAUUGAAUUUUUUUUUUCAUAAAUAGUUAAUUUACCAUCGUAAAAAUAUGCCUGUAAAUAUUUAGAGUGAAAUUUCAAUUAUUUAUCGAUUAAAAAUUCAUUUAAAUGCUACGCCUCAACUCGGCGCUAAACGCGAACGCUAAACUUUGAACGUGUUUUUCUCGAAACGACUUUUUUCAAACUGUGGUGCAAGAUAACUCAAAAAGGUUUCAACCGAUUUUUAUGAAAUUUAGCACACAUUCUCUUUAUAGUAUUAGCUUCUAGUUGAACUUUAAGAAUGUCACAAAAAUUUUCAAAAAUACCAUUUUUGACCAAAAAACCGUGUAAAAAAAGGGUUAAAAAUCAGACUUUUUUAUCUGAGUCGUGCCAAUUUACGAUUUUUUGACUUUUUAGUUUUUCCUUUGUUCAACUAGAAGAUACUUUUUUUAUGAACACGCUCCGACCCUUUUUUUAAUUUUAAAUUGCUGUAACUAAAGCUAAAAAUCACGUUGAUUGAUGCCUUUCGCCGCGAGGGCCUCAGGAGAUUAGUUAAACGGCUGCCAUUUUGAAAAAAAA